AUGAUUCUGGCAAAGCAGUACCGAUGCAUACAUUCAGCUAGCUGUCAAUGCACUAAAGGGCAUUUAAGUGAAGAUGUGAUAUUCUUAGUAUUUUAUAAUUUGAAUUGGAAUCCAAAGCUAAUUGCUACUUUAUCAUGUGCAUGCAAAUGGUUUGAUGAUUUUGCCAAGCGAGUUCUGUGGAAAGAGUUUUGUCGAACAAGAGCUCCAAAAAUGAUGCUUGAUCUGCAGUCUAGUGGGAGUCACAGUGUUGAUGGGAACUGGAGAGCCCUAGGGAAGCUGCUUAUCUACUGUGCAGGAAGCAAGAAAGGUGGUUUGUUCACCAAUAUUCACAUCCCUGGUCAUUUUGUUUAUCAGACACGAUUUUCUAGAACAUCUGGGAGGAGCUUUCUCUUACCCCAAUGUAGAACUGAUGUAUUGUAUGUAUCUGAUCCUUGCGAGCAUCUGGACCAAGGUGAAGAGGGAGACAUAGGAUUCUUCCGAGGAGUUUUUAAGUCAUUUUCAUCUUCAAAGGUGAAGAAGAUGCUUAUUAAGAAAAGUGCCAAGUUCCAUCCAACAGAAGUCUGUCCUUAUUGUAAAGCAAAGUUGUGGAACAUGCUGCAGGCCAAAAUGAUCCCUCAAAGUGCUAGUUGCAGGCUGGGUUCCUAUGAAGAUUGUGUUGAGUAUUAUGUAUGCCUAAACGGGCACAUGCUUGGCUUCUGCACCCUGUUACCAUUAUCUGAUUCUGAAGAAGCAUCUGAGUUGGAGUAA